AUGGUUUGGCGUGAUGCGCAAAUUCCGGAAGUUUACAGGGGCCUCAUCGUCGGCAAAGGUGCCGACAAGUUGAAGGAAUUGCAGGUUGAAUUCAAUGUAUGGAUCCAAGUUCCUCGUGGCAAAAAGGAGGGCCCGGUGAUGGUGGAGGGCGCAAAGGCAGAUGUUGAAGCAUGCAUUGGAAAGAUGCAUUCAAAGAUUGAGAACCAUUCUCGCAGUGCGCAAAGGACGCAUUCAAAGGGGAAGGGUGGCAAAGGUGGCAAAGGCAAGGGCAAGGCAAAGUCCCAGUCUCCGACGGCUCCGACAUGUUUCCUUUGCAACACUGAAGUGUCGAGCCUUAGUCAAGCUGCACAGCACUUACGGGGUCAGAAGCACCGUAUGAACGUUGUGGAGGAAAGGCCUGAGUUUGCCGAGCGUUUUGAACGUGAACAUUUUGGUUUGGCAGACCUGGAAGAAGUGCUCUUAGAGCCUGAGAUUGCAGAGUUCCAUCGGGAGCUGAACUUCAAAGUGGAUGAGAUUCUUUCUGCCAUCCCUGCGAUGCAGCUAAAGGCAGAAAAAUUGGAAGAAGUCAAUGAUGAGAUUGCUAUGCUCAUUGAAGAUCCGAACUGGUUGCAGAUCAAAUCCAGAGUGGUAGUCCACUGGGAUGAUACCAGGAAGGAAGGUUGUAAAAUUCACAAGCUGACCAAAGCUCCGUACCUUCGAGAGAUGUUGGAACGCUGCAGCCUCAAAGAGCCUCCACGGGUCAAGAUCCCGGCAUUACCGGCACCACUUCCACAGGUUAAGCCUAUGUCCUUCGCAAGUAACAGCCUCACGGCAGCUCAUAAAUACCCUGCAGCACCAGGGUCAUGCCGUUUGGGCAUUGUUAUUAUGGAAAUGCUCGGCAUCGAUCUGUCAAACUAUGACUUUGUUUGUGGGACCUCGUUCAUAAAGGCGCUUGCUGGUGAUAACGAUAGAAUUAGGGAUACCUAUUACAUCCAACACUUCGGUGAGACAGCCUGCGUGCUUCAUGUUCCUACGGGUUUUCACGGUCAGAACGAUGCUGGGCAUGCUGUCGAGAUGCUGCUUUGUGGAGACCCAUUGCCAGGUGCAACAGCCAAGACUGGACAGCACAUGGAAGUGGUGAACGUGGUUGUCUUCGUUGUGGUCGCUACGACAGGUGGUUGUCUUCGUUCUGGUCGCUACGACAGGCAGGGCCCAACUGAUGCGGUCAUCGGAUCUUCUCUUGCUGCUCUGGUCGUUUUGGCCCAACGUGGAAAGAAACGACCGGAGCUGCGUAUUUCUGCUUUGGUGAUGUUGGCCCAACGUGGAAAGAGGUGGUUGUCUUCGUUCUGGUCGCUACGACAGGCAGGGCCCAACUGUGGUUGUCUUCGUUGUGGUCGCUACGACAGGCAGGGCCCAACUGCGCCUGGAGCAACACUGUGCAACGCAGACAUAACAAUGGUGGUUGUCUUCGUUGUGGUCGCUACGACAGGCGCGGCUGUCACACGCACAGAAGAUCAUGGAGCACAGAAGAUCAUGGAACACCUCAUUCAGCCCAUUCCAG